UGGUACAGUCAGUUGUCGGAAAAUAUUCGAGGUUAUUUUUCACUGUGCUGUCGAAGAGUUGUUUUGUUGCACAAAAAGUAAUUUUCGAAAAUUAGACAAAAUGAACUUAACGCGCCAACUAACUCGUAACACUUUGAUGUAUAAAUCAAGUGGAAUGUCGACAGUUCACUACCGACUUCUCACAUCAAAAUCGGAUCCUCUAUUAGAGGCUACUGCAAAUCCAUUUAGCAAAGAACCCACCGAUGUCCGGAAACCACUGGCACCAGCGGAAUAUCGUUUCAUUUACCCGGAAUUUCUACCCGAUCCAACGAUUGAGUUCCGCAAUCCCAUCAGAGAGAAAAUCGAACGCAUGGACAUGUUAAACCGGCGAGUUCAUCUCGACAUACCCGAAUUUUAUGUUGGUUCGAUUCUAGCCGUAACUAGUUCCGAUCCACAUGCAGCCGGCAAGACUUCUCGUUUCCUUGGGAUAUGUAUUCAACGCACUGGUUGUGGAUUACGAGCUCAAUUCACUUUGCGAAAUUUUGUCGAUAAUCAAGGUGUGGAGAUCGCUUAUCAACUGUACGAUCCGACAAUUCAGAAAAUCGAUUUAAUUCGAUUGGAAAAAAGACUUGAUUCAGAGCUGCUCUACUUGCGUGAUGCCUAUCCGGAAUACAGUACGUUCGAUUUGAAUAUGGAACCGGAAAUAUUGCCAGAAGGUGUACCAGUGCCGCUGAAUAAAGUAAUGGUGAAACUGAGACCCCGUCCGUGGGAAAAACAGUGGGAACGGAAAAAUUUUAUCGGAAUUGCCAACGUAUCGGAACACAUCACCGAGAAAAUGGCUGCUAAAGCGGAAACGUUGAAAACGCCCUGGGAGAAAUACGAUCUUGUGAAAGAAUAUCGUAAGACGAUACCGGAAGAAGAGCAACAAGAAAUUUACGCUGAAGUCUAUUCGAAAUUGCAUCAAUUAGAAAUUCAGCGCCGCAAAAUCAAGAGAUCGAGAACGUUUGUAAAGCCCACAAAAUUAGCAUAGAGUUUGUACGAAUUGGUAGCUGGUUUCGGCACCCAUUAAAUAGUUGACACCUAAAUU